AUGGGCCAAUACUGGACGAUAUUCAAUUUCGACACGCAGGAGGAACUGGAGGACCUCACCGGUGAGGUUGGCCUAAAGCUCGGUGAGUGGCUCUUCACCAGCUGCCUGCCGAAGAUGCUCGUGCUCUUGCUCGCCGUGCCCCUUCCCCUGCCUCCCAGCAGCAAGCCUCUGGUGCACACCCCGGACGUCCGCACGCUCGGCCGCCUUGCCAUCCUCCCCGAGCUCCUCCUCUGUGUAUUCGACGAGAUCGACGAUAUGCGUGACGCCAUCGCACUCGGCGCCACUCACUGGGCACUAUUCGCCCUCGGCAUAAGACACAUCUAUGCGCUCGCGGCGGAGGCGAAGGCGAAGUGGGCCGGGUGCCGCAUUAUCUGUCUCGGGGACUACGUCCGGAACGACGAUCUCCCGCCGGGGUUCCUCACCGCCGCUGAGGAGCGCGAGAUGCACGUCCUCCAGGAGAAUGAUGAGGACGAGCAGCAAGACGAGCACGAGGAGUGCGGAGUGAAUCUCUUCAACUACGCGACCAACCACUUCCGCUUGGUGUAUGAGCUGGGGUGGUACAUCCCCAGACCGAAGUUCUGGUACAACGUUCCUCCAGAGAUGUACACGGCGCUGAUCGCCCUGGCCCACGGCGGCUAUAGCUCCGAUCCUAGCGCCGCGUGGGUACUGUGCAGCCUCACGCGGCGCGAGUACGUGCGCGCGGAAGCGACGGCUGCACUGUCCCCGAACAGGAAGCCGUGCGGUCCAUUAGUAGACGGGGCGGUGGGCUUGGGGGAGGUGCUGGUGUCGUUAAUAUGUUGGUCUUAUGACCCGUCGACUGCGAUCCCGUAUCAUGGGCCGUUGCACCGCGGGCGGUGGGCGGGCGAUCGAGUAGAGAUCACGACGAUUGGACGGCUGCGGGAUGGUGUGGGUGCAUGGAGGGAUGUGAGUGAGGAGGUGUUGGGUGUUGUUGCAGAGAUCUGGAAUGCUGAGUACUGCGGGAGCAGUUGGCAGGGGAAGGAGGAGGAGGAAGAGGCCGAGGACGAGGAUAAAGAUGAGGAUGAGGACAAGGAAAGAGAACGGGAUGAGCGCGCGGAAGAGAACAAGGAAGAAGAAAAGGAUGAGGAAGCAGAGGAGGACGAAGAAGAAGAAGAAGGCGAGGAGAACGAGGAGGAGUGA